GUAAAACAAAGCGCAUUAUUUAAAGUGUGCGUUACAUAUGCGAAAAGAGUGAGGGGGUUGAGUUGAAGUUGUUCGAUGCUAGAGAGGACACUUUCAAUCCACAUACCUUUGAAUGUGUAAUAUUCACAGUCUAAUUUUUAAUUCUUAAUUGCUCAAACACUUUCUAAAAAUGGAAUCUACAGAAAAACGCCGAGUAAAUAAAUUGUUAAGAAAGCCUUCAUCUUCGGUUGGUAAAACAUUGGGUUUAAGACAAAAAUUGUCUCGUAAUGCUCAAAAGCAAGUGAAAUUUCUGCCUGUUGCGACGGAAAAAGCAACUAAACAAGAGAUUAGUGUUGAUGUUGCUACGUUAUGCGCUGAAAUGUGUGGUGUUUCAGACCUAUCACAGUCUGGAGCAAAUCUCCUUCAAAAACAUUUGAAUCAAAUCGCUAGACUUUUAAUUCAUCAAAUACUUCGUGUGAUGGAACAAAGUCGUCGUGGCACUCCACAGGCAUCAGAUAUCGAUUUAGCCUCUGUUUUAAUUGGACUUGAAAAUCCUUUUGGAACAAGUACAGCUAAUUUUCUCCCAGUGCGUACAGGUGGUCGUACGGCAAGUUCAGGUCCGGGUGGUAAAGUGUUCUUCAUUCGGCCUGAUAAGGAAAUUGAUGUUAAAGCACUGAUAUUACGUGAACCUGCUGGAGUGGUUUAUGAUGUCAGUUUAGUCGCUCAUUGGCUAUCUGUAAACGGUAAACAGCCUACAUCACCACAGAAUCCUCCACCAGAUUUUUUAUCACGAAUGGCUUUACUGAAUAAUUCGUUUGGAAGUAAUAAACAGAAUAAUAAACGAAUGGGUGUAAAUAGUGACAAUAAUGAUGAUGGUGAUGCAUCAAAUGAAAAGCAGUCAAAGACGAGUUCACAGAAUAAUGGAGAAAAAACCGAUACGGAUUCAACAUCAUCGUCUCAUCCAAGAAAAGUUUUAGCACUGUCUGUUGAGCGUCGUCCUCAUGAAAUCAGUCAAGAAGUGAUGAUCUAUUUUCGUGAAAUAACAGAAGCUUGUGUUGGCGCCAAUGAAACUCGACGACAUGAAGCUUUGGAAAAUGCAACACUAGAUCCUGGACUUCAGCCAUUACUACCUCAUCUUAUGACAUUUAUCACUGAGGGUGUAAGAAUCAAUGUCACUAAUCACAAUCUUGCUAUAUUAAUUUAUUUAAUGCGAUUAGUUAAAGCGCUUAUUGAUAAUCCACACAUCUCACUGGAACCGUAUUUACAUCUGCUUGUGCCUACAGUAAUCACCUGUGUACUGAAUCGUCAGUUAUGCGCCAAACCGCUUACAGAUAAUCAUUGGGCAUUAAGAGAUUUUGCAGCUAAACAGUUGAUAACAUUGUGUAAUAGACACAAUACAUCUAGCAAUGAAUUAUACAGUCGUGUUACUCGUGAACUUUCACGUGCUCUAUGCAGUUGGAUCGAUGGAAACGCUUCAACAAAUUCAACAGAUACUUGCAUGAAAUUGUCAAGUGUCAGUGUAUCUAAUGAAAAAAAUGAGACAAUAAAAACUCCUGAUGAUGGAAAGUUGAGUGGAAUGAAACUUUGUAAAUAUGAUCCAGUGGAUCGUACAAUACACCUAGUCAAUAGCAGUGGUACAACUACCAGUAGUAUUAAUAGUAGCAGCAGCAGCAGUGGUGGUGUUGGUGGUGGUAUCGUCGGCAGCAGCGGCAGCACUAGUGGCAACACUGUCAAUGGGCCUAGUUUAGGCGGUGCUGUACACUCAAUGAAUACAUUGUAUGGUAUUUUAGUUGCAUUGGCUGAAUUCGGUCCCCAGUGUCUACGUGUUAUAGUAUUCCCACUUUUAAGCUCACUUUGUCAGCGUUUAACUAAGAUAACUGAAUCAGAUCCAUCGUCAGUGAACAAUACGAAUGAGUCGAAUACACCUGGAAGUGUUGACAAUGAUAUGAUAAAAUCGAAACAACAACAGCAACAUCCAGUACUUUCUUUAAAUUUAGGCUGUAAACUUUCACCAGUUGAUCAAAGAUCAUUUGAUUCCUUGAAAGCCUUGAUGACGAAUCGUUUUGCAUCAGUACUCAAUGAUUGGCGUUUACGUCAAGGACUGGGUGUUAAACUAGAGGAUUAUCGUUCAGCCUAUGGAUGUUUGGCCGAUUGUCUUUUUAUAACGAAUCAAAAUAAUAACAGUAAUAGUCUUCACACUUAUACUACUACUAAUACUACCACUAUUACUACCACUACUUCUGCUGUUGCAGCUGCUAAUACUAAUACUACGAAUAAUAAUGUCACUACGACACACGGUUCUAUCACUUCCAGUAAACCACCUCAACAAUCAUCUGCAAAUAUGAAUAUAAUUACCAGUAGUAUUAAUAGUAGUAGUAAUAAUAAUAAUAAUAGUACACCUGUGACUUUGAAUACUUCUACUACAUCAAACUCUGUUACCAAUCCCUCUUCUUCUUCAGGCAGGAUUAUUGUUACAAGUCAUAUUGUACCUUCAAAUGUAAAUACUUCUAAUGCCUAACUUAGUAGUAUGUUGAAUCCAGACAGACAGACUUAGUAGUAGUGAUGAAUAACGGUGUGUUUAUAAAGUUAUUGCUUUUUUUAAAAAAUAAUUCUUAUCUUUUCUUUCCGUGGCAUGAAAGAUGUUUUCACUAGGCAAUAGAAAGUUUAUUCUAUCUUAAAUAUGUAUAAAGUCGUCAUUUGUCUUUCUCUCCCUCUCCCCGCCUGCGCGCGUAUAUACCUCAAUCAUUUGUGCAUAUAUAUAUAUAUAUAUAUAUAUAUAUAUAUAUAUAU